AUGAAGCUUACAACCGCCUUCCUCCCCCUCCUCGCCACCCUCACCACCGCCACCCCCACCAACAGCAGCUUGUUCGAGGAAGUUUCCCUCAUCCCAGCCGACGUCGGCCCGGCUUUCACCAACGGCUCCUCGCUCCAAGUAGCGACGCCGCCAGGCCAGAAGCGCGGCAACGGCUGGGUCGGCAUCUACUACUGCCGCAACAACGGCUGGCGCGCGCCCUGCGCGCACACGUGGAUCAAGAUCAACCAGUGCAUGAACUUCCCCCGCGGCUGGGACAACAACAUCAAUUCGUUCGGCCCGGACCCGGGCUCGCACUACUGCAUCCUGCACAGCCAGCCCGGCUGCAAGGGCGGCGAGCCCAAGUUCAGGAUCAAGCACCCCGGCACGGCCAAGACGUCCGAGUACGGGAUCGAUCGGACGGUGAGCAGUGUGAGGUGUAACUACUAG